AUGCCGCUAGCUGGCGAGCCAGGUACACUACAGAGCCGCAUUAACGUAGUGGCAACCCUGUCGAGCCAGCUCGGGCUACGUCUGAACCCUGCGAAGUGCAAGUCACUGCACCUCUCCGGAAAGACACCCGUGGGGACAAGACCUACGACCUUCACGGUCUACGGCACCCCAAUCCCAUCAAUCAGUGACUUCGAGGCACACACCUUCCUCGGGCGACCAGUCGGGUUCUCGGUACUACCGGACCAGGCAACCGUGGACGAAGCCAUCAACGUGGGUCGCCGCCUGCUUACCUCGAUGCUCGCCCCGUGGCAGAGAUUGGACGCCGUUAAAACAUUCGUAUUUCCGGCGCUCAACUUUGCCAUGAGGUGUGGCUCCCUUGGUAAGGCAGAGUGGUCUCGCCUGGACACAACGCUUCGCCCACUCAUCAAACGGACCCUCUACCUGCCUGCCAACGCUGCUAACGACUACCUAUACGGUAGCUCCACAGCGGGUGCCAUUGGCAUUCCUGUGGCGGCAGAAGUCAGUGACAUCUGCAGAAUUGACAAUGCUUUCAAACUUCUUUCCUCUGCAGACACUGAAGCCCAGGACCUGGCACUGCAGGCGCUGAUCGUCGUGACAUGCAGGAGGUUGAGGCGCAUUGCAGAACCGGGUGACAUGGACGCCUACCUGAGCGGCGAGACUGAGGGUGACUUAGGGGCCACGGCGACGCAGCUCCAGUCCGUGUGGACGGAGGCCCGCAAGGCUUCUCGGCGUCUUGGUGUCACCUGGGAAUUCGAACAAGACGGCUCCCGUAUCUCCAGGGGUGACAUAACACUUGGCCCGAGGAAACGUACUAAGGUGGUGAAGACACUCAGGACGGCACUGGCAAACGCACGAGAUCACGAUGUCCACCAAAAACCCAGUCAGGGGAAAGUGAUGGAGUGCGUUGCCGCCGACCGGAGCAGUUCCCACCUUGUACCUACCGGCCAAUUCACGAGGUUUGCCGACUGGCGUUUCGUUCACCGGGCCCGACUCAACGUCAUUCCCCUGAACGCAGCGAGGCCAUGGGCUACGGCCGUGGACCAACGGUGUAGGAUUUGUGGCGGUCAACCAGAGACCCUGCCACACGUCCUGUGUCACUGCAUGACUCACAGUCAAGCAUACACCAACCGCCACAACCAGAUCGUGAACCGAGUGAAAGCCGCUGCCUCCGCCAAGUUCACUGUCACCCACGAGAAUCGACCAGUAGGUAAUACUAAUCUCCGUCCAGACCCUGUGCUUUGCAGGGGCGAGGAGGCGAACAUCAUCGAUGUAACCUGCCCGUUCGAGAACCGGCCUGCAGCCCUGAACGCGGCCCGCCAGGGGAAGGAGGAGAAGUACCAGCCAGUCCGGGAGUACCUGCUGCGGAAAUUCCAGAAAGUUACCGUGGAGGCCAUCAUCAUCGGAGCACUUGGAUCGUGGGAUCCCCGAAACGACCGGGUCAUGCGCCGCUUCUGCAGCCGCAUAUACCUGCGGCUGUUCAAGAAACUUGCCGUGAGCGAGACAAUCGCUGCAUCACGAGACAUCUAUGCAGCGCACAUCGCAGCCAAGUGA